AUGGAAAUCCAGGGGGUUUUCCCAGCCAGCGGACUGGGCUCGUGGAGGCGGAGGACUAUCAGCAGGAGCAGCCGCAGCCUAUGAAUCGCCUCGGUGGCGCACAGCCGUCGCUCUGUGCUCGCCGCACGCUGUUGCAGCCGCUUCAGCCAAAGCGAAGCCGCAACCUCGGAGCGCCUGGGCGGGUUGUCCGCGCGUCUGGAAGGAACUCCGCCGCGUCGCCUCCUCUCCCACUCCAGGGGCAAAACAAAUUCGGUUGAAGGCAGUAUCCAGGGAACCCAUCUCUUUCUCUGGGAGAUGCCGGCUGGUUGUUGCUAAGGUUGCUCCCACAGUAACAUGCACGUCCUGUUUACACCUUCAUCGGAAGAAGUUGGGCUUGGCUAGCUUCACUUGGGGAACUGCAGAAGGAAGUGCUGGUUCUCCGCCCUCACAGCCUCCCGCUCCUGCCCAGCCAUCUUACACAGGAUCCUCUCCCCCUACCCACCCCCAGAGAUCUUGUCCCUGGUGCCCUACAGGCCAGACAACUUGAGGGCUGCCUUCUGCGUGGAGCUCUAAAGUUUGCAUCGCUUGCUCUGACUUCAUAGAGGAAAGAGACAGAGAAGUGACAAAAGUAGUGCCCGGCAUCUCUCGCUGAAUCCCGCUCCGUUUUUGUCAAGAUGACGAACAACUCUGCAGAUCACCAUCCGGGGAACUCUGUUAUCGAAGGCGGCCAUGAGGGGGAAUUUGGUUGCUCUGUUAUGGACCUGCGGAACCUCAUGGAACUUCGCAGCUCAGAGGCAGUGACCCGGAUCAAUGACACCUAUGGGGGCGUGCAUAACAUUUGCAAGAGGCUGAAGACCUCGCCUGUGGAAGGCCUGUCUGGAAACCCUGCAGAUCUGGAGAAAAGAAGGCAAGCAUUUGGCGAAAACUUCAUCCCACCCAAAAAGGCCAAAACCUUCCUGCAGUUAGUCUGGGAAGCACUGCAGGAUGUCACGUUAAUCAUCUUGGAAAUUGCAGCCAUAAUCUCCCUGGGCCUGUCUUUCUAUCACCCUCUUGAUGGCGACAAUGAAAUGUGUGGCGAAGCAAAAAGUAGCGCAGAGGAUGAAGGUGAAGCUCAAGCUGGAUGGAUUGAGGGAGCAGCCAUCCUCUUCUCUGUCAUUAUUGUGGUGCUGGUCACAGCCUUCAAUGACUGGAGCAAAGAGAAACAGUUCCGGGGCCUCCAGAGCCGUAUCGAACAGGAGCAAAAGUUCACAGUCAUCCGCAAAGGGCAAGUUAUCCAAAUCCCCGUGGCUGAGAUUGUGGUGGGGGACAUUGCUCAGAUCAAAUAUGGGGACUUAUUGCCAACAGAUGGGAUCCUGAUCCAAGGCAAUGAUCUGAAAAUUGAUGAGAGCUCUCUGACUGGGGAGUCAGAUCACGUGAAGAAGUCUCUGGAUAAAGACCCCAUGUUGCUUUCUGGUACUCAUGUGAUGGAAGGCUCUGGUCGAAUGCUGGUCUCAGCUGUGGGUAUCAACUCACAAACUGGAAUAAUUUUUACUCUUCUGGGUGCUGGAGAAGGGGAUGAGGAGAAGAAGGUCAAGAAAGGUAAAAAACCCGGAGCCCCCGAAAAUCGCAACAAAGCAAAAACUCAGGAUGGUGUGGCCCUUGAGAUCCAGCCACUGAAAAGCCAAGAAGGAGUGGAAAACGAGGAGAAGGAGAAGAAGAAAGUCAAAGUCCCAAAGAAGGAGAAGUCAGUAUUGCAAGGGAAGCUCACGCGCUUGGCAGUUCAGAUUGGGAAAGCAGGACUGAUCAUGUCAGCCAUCACAGUUAUUAUCCUGAUCCUGUAUUUUGUGAUUGACAACUUUGGGAUUCAGAAAAGGCAGUGGCUGGCUGAAUGUACCCCCAUCUACAUCCAGUAUUUUGUGAAGUUCUUCAUCAUUGGUGUCACUGUGCUGGUGGUGGCUGUCCCUGAGGGUUUGCCCCUGGCUGUCACCAUCUCUUUGGCUUAUUCUGUGAAGAAAAUGAUGAAAGAUAAUAAUCUAGUUAGGCACUUGGAUGCUUGCGAGACAAUGGGCAACGCCACUGCUAUCUGCUCAGACAAGACAGGUACUCUCACUAUGAACCGUAUGACUGUGGUGCAAGCUUAUGUGGGUGACACCCACUACCAACAGAUCCCUGACCCAGAAGCCAUCCUGCCCAAGAUCCUGGACCUCAUUGUCAAUGGUGUUGCAAUAAACUCCGCUUACACCUCUAAAAUCCUGCCACCAGAGAAAGAAGGAGGUCUCCCACGUCAAGUUGGCAACAAGACAGAGUGUGCACUUCUGGGUUUUGUGCUGGACCUGAAACAGGAUUAUCAAGCUGUCCGCAACGAAGUGCCCGAGGAAAAGCUGUACAAGGUCUACACUUUCAAUUCAGUUCGCAAGUCCAUGAGUACGGUACUGAAGAACCCAGAUGGAAGCUUCCGCAUGUACAGCAAAGGAGCGUCUGAGAUCAUCCUGCGCAAAUGCACAAAGAUCUUAGAAAAAAAUGGGGAACCUCGAAUAUUUAAGGUGAAGGAUCGGGAUGAGAUGGUGAAAAAAGUGAUCGAGCCAAUGGCUUGCCAGGGGCUGCGUACCAUUUGUUUGGCCUACCGGGAUUUUCCUGCUGGUGUCGAACCCGACUGGGAUGUUGAAAAUGAGAUCUUGUCUGACCUUACCUGUAUCACUGUAGUUGGCAUUGAAGACCCUGUUCGGCCAGAGGUGCCUGAAGCCAUUCAAAAGUGCCAACGUGCUGGUAUUACUGUCCGGAUGGUUACGGGUGACAACAUCAACACAGCACGUGCCAUUGCAACCAAGUGUGGGAUUUUGGUGCCUGGAGAGGACUUCCUGUGUUUGGAGGGAAAAGAAUUCAAUCGGCUUAUCCGCAAUGAAAAAGGAGAGGUGGAGCAAGAGCAACUGGAUAAAAUCUGGCCGAAGCUCCGAGUCUUGGCACGUUCUUCGCCCACUGAUAAACACACACUUGUGAAAGGAAUUAUUGACAGUACUGUUGGAGAACGGAGGCAAGUGGUAGCGGUGACUGGGGAUGGCACCAAUGAUGGCCCCGCCUUGAAGAAAGCGGAUGUUGGAUUUGCUAUGGGCAUCGCUGGCACAGAUGUGGCUAAAGAGGCUUCAGACAUUAUCUUGACAGAUGACAACUUUACAAGCAUUGUCAAGGCAGUGAUGUGGGGCCGCAACGUGUAUGACAGCAUCUCAAAAUUCCUCCAGUUCCAACUAACAGUCAAUGUAGUGGCUGUGAUUGUGGCUUUCACGGGUGCUUGUAUCACACAGGACUCUCCUCUGAAGGCUGUCCAGAUGUUGUGGGUCAACUUGAUCAUGGAUACCUUUGCCUCAUUAGCUCUUGCCACAGAACCCCCAUCGGAGUCCUUGCUCAUGCGCAGGCCAUAUGGCCGCAACAAGCCACUAAUUUCCCGCACCAUGAUGAAGAACAUCCUGGGGCAUGCUGUGUACCAGCUCACCAUUAUCUUCACGCUGCUCUUUGCAGGUGAGAAAUUUUUUGAUAUAGACAGUGGCCGGAAUACUCCCCUCCACUCACCACCCACCGAGCACUACACCAUCGUCUUCAACACUUUUGUCAUGAUGCAACUGUUCAAUGAGAUCAAUGCUCGCAAAAUCCAUGGUGAGAGGAACGUCUUUGAUGCCAUUUUCCGGAACCCCAUCUUCUGCACAGUGGUGCUAGGAACUUUCGUUGCCCAGAUCAUCAUUGUGGAAUUUGGUGGGAAGCCAUUCAGCUGUUCUGGACUCACCUUGAGUCAGUGGUUCUGGUGUAUUUUCAUUGGCGUAGGAGAGCUGCUUUGGGGACAGCUGAUCUCCACCGUUCCAACCAGUCGAUUGAAGUUCCUGACGGAGGCAGGACAUGGCACUACCAAGGAAGAUAUGGCAGAUGAGGAGCUGCCUGAAGGUCUCGAUGAAAUUGACCAUGCCGAAAUGGAGCUACGGCGGGGACAGAUCCUGUGGUUCCGGGGCCUCAACAGAAUACAGACUCAGAUGGACGUAGUUUACACAUUCCAGACCGGCGCCUCCUCUUUACAGGGAGCCCUCAGGAGACAGCCUUCCAUCGUGAGCCAACACCACGAUGUAAAAAAUGUUUCUAGCCCAACCCAUAUCAAAGUGGUGAAUGCGUUCCGUAGCUCCUUGUAUGAAGGCCUCGAGAAACCCGAAUCCAGAAGCUCCAUUCAUAACUUCAUGACUCACCCAGAGUUCAUCCUGGAGGAAGACGAGCCUCGGACACCAUUCCUCGAUGGCACCGAUGAAGACCUGGAAGCUGAAGAACUCAAAAAGCAAAGUGAGGAGAGCCCAGGCGAGUCCUCACCCCUCAACAGAAAUAACAAUGCAGUGGACAGCAAUAUCGCUGAGGACACCAUUCCGGAGCCAGAAAGCCCUUUACACAGCUUGGAAACAUCAGUUUGACCUUUGAACUUUGAUCCUCCUUCUCCUUCCCCCACCCACCCAUGCAACAUAGGCACCAACGUCUGACCACACACUGCGGCCACUUCCUGUCAAGUGCUCAUCCCUAUAUGCCUAUUUUAUCCUCACUCCUCUUCCCCUCCCCCCCUUUAUGAUUAUUUAGCUGCAGGAGCCACAGUAACGCACAGCUAGAUUUUUACUCCUCAGCAAUUAUUUUGGCAGAGGUGCCUCCCUCAAGAGAGAAACCGCCAAUCUGAUACAUCUUCUCCUUCAGUUGAGUUCCACAUGUCUGUAAUAGUGGCUUUUCUCUCAUUGCUGUUGCAUGCUUAAAGAAACAGGGUUCAGAUUCUCUUGAAGAGCUGUGUGUAGAGCUUCAGAUGAUGCAGUUGUUGGGAUGGCUUCUUUUUUUGCUUGUGGAAUCUGAAUCCUAGAUGUUGUCAUAUGUCCCUGGGGAGAAAGGAAUGAGCACCAAGGGGAUGUAAUUAAAGGGGGAUCUGAAUCAGGUAUUGGAUAUGAAAGUGAACCCAGUCUUCCAGGGGGUGGGGAUGGUACCUGAUUUUUACCAUUUUUUCUGUUUGUGUAUCUCUCUGUUUCCGUGGUAGUAUCAACCACAGGAGAUGAGCAUGACUAAAAAGUCUUAAAAUGCCUUUUAAAUGAUGUGAGUUGGAAUAAGGCCAAGCAACAAGGAGCUAUGACAGCAACAUGUUCUCUGAGAGAAUGAAAUCAGGUGGAAUGUGGCUUUUGAUGAAAAGGAGUUGUAUAUGAAUUAAGAGCAAAUUACUUUGGAAUUCUACAUUAGCUGAAGUUCUUGGGGUAUAACUAUUUCUUAUAUUUAAUUUGCUUGAUUUCAGUUUUGCCAUUUUGACUAUCAGGUGAAUUAGUCAUUGGCUCUGUACAGUAAACAUCCCAACCUCACUUCUCGUAAGAAUUGAUCCCAAGGAAUGUGGCAUAAGUCCAAGCUAUGGCCCUUGCCCAGGUUUCAGAAGUCUUGUUUUGGGAAGAGGUCCAGUCUUUGAAGAGCACACAAUGUAAAUCAGUACAGUCAGGCCACCACUGGUAAUACGCUAUCAGUUCCUAUAACUUCUCCUGCAUUUUGCAUACUGAAGAGUGAAAAUGUAACAAAAAGGAAUCUUGGCAUGAACAUUUGUGUGAAGUGCUUUUUCAGGUGAAAAUUGUGCAUGAGUUGGCUCUGUAGAGCCAUGUUGUAUUGGUUGCGAUACAAAGCACCUUCCUCAAUUAUUAAGAAUAGGGUGUACCAAUACACAUCUCCACAUUUCUCAUUAGGAGUGCCUUCCCUUCUCAUUGCACCUAAACUGGCUUCGAUCCUUUCCCACAGUGAUAUUUGCCACUCAUCGGUCUAAAGUGAAUGCUGGAGAAGGUGAAUUGGCUCUUGCGCCAAAUGAGGACGGUGUCAGCCUCAUCUUGAUAUACAUUUCCUAAUAUGUAUGCUGGUCAGAUAAGAAAACUACACUUCAGCUGUGCAGUUCAGAGCUAAACAGGGGCCUCCUGCUGAAACUGUUCUGGGCAUAUCUAAGUGAGGGCCAGUUUGUUUCAGAGAAGUGAGGGCAACCACAGUUUGGUGAUGCUGGAGGCAGAGCAGCUCUUGAAAUUUGGCACAGUGGGCUUGUGUCACUACAGAGUGGUUUACUUGGAAAAUACUACCUGGAAGCAAAGAGAGGACCUAGUUGUUAGCAGCUGUAUUGAAGGUUUUGUUGCCGCCACCAUCCCAACAUUCAACUGUACACGACUUGUUGGUGGCUCUUCUCUCCCCACCCCACCCCCGGUCCCCCUUUCCUUUCGAAGAACGCACAGCAGAAACUUCUGUGCCUUGUCUAAGCACUGCCCAAAGCACCGUCUGCCACACGGGAGCCCGGUACUUUGCCACGAGAUAAGUGUUCCUUAAACAAAACAAUGAGAAUGGAGUGUUUUGAUUUUCACUUUUAAACUCAAACCCCUUCACCUUGUGGAUUAGUCACUGAAUUUCUUCACAAGUUCAAGCUAGGCUGAUGAAAAGUCCUUCUCGGUAGGUCUUCUAUUCCAGGGCUGGCGUAAAAAGGACAUUCAUACUAGGCUCAACCAACUGCCAUUAUCUGGGGUGGGGAAAAAUAACGAUCAUCAGCCAUCUUAAUUGCAACUAAGGCAUCCGCCCAUCCCUUACCCCUUGUUUCCUUCCAGAUAAAUCCACUUCAUUCCUUUCAUCUGAACUAUAAACACUGGGAGGAAUUUAGGGAGGGAAACUGCCAUCUCUUGCUAUGUGACCUACCAGAUAAGGAAAAAAAUCUUUUUUAUUUAGUUCUGUUCUAAAGGUUACAUUGUUUCAAUGAUCAUUUUUCUAUUUUAAAUACUUGCAGAAACAAAUGGUGGUGUUAGGCGCUUGCAUAAAUAUUUAUGAAAUAUUUGGGGGAGGGGACACUGAUUUUUUUUUAAUGUUUGAUAUAUUUUUUUUAUUACCUCAAACAUGUUUUGGAAAAAGAAAAAACUGUCACUCCCAGAAAUCUGUAAUUGACAGGUUGCAAUGAGGAGUCUGGCCUACAUUUUAAUCCAUUUUUCUUUCUUUUUCUUUUUGUGUGUGUCUAGCUUCCUCAGUGGGGGAGGGGGGAAAUAAUUAUAUAAAUAUUAUGCAAAAAAUAUAUAGUUUUCUUUAGAUCAGAAACAGAUAUUUUUAAGUCAGCCAUAUGUAUUUUGUUUAAAGGAAACAAAGCUGUGAGUUAUGUAACUGCAGUGGAAUGUAGUCACAUGGCUGGCAGUUGAAACUUAGUGAUUGGUCAGACUCCAGUCAGCUUCAUUUCUCUGAACAGCCAUCUUUGUACUAAAGUCAGUUGUGUUAUACAGAAAUGUUUUUUAUAUAAAUUAUGUUGAUAUGGCUGGUUGCUUAAGGUAUAAGUGUUUAUUGUGCAUACGUUUUUUUAAUGUAAAACAAGGUUGAGGGUUUUUUUCUAUUUUAGUUUCAAUGAUACAACUGGCAGCAGUUGAGCGGCUUAAGUUAUUGGGGAACUAUAAAACAUGUGGCCAAGGUAGAGUGCUCUAGAUAAAAGGCAGGAGCCCUGAUCAGCAGAUUAAUGUAUGCGCACGCUCGCCAAACACAUGGCCAACAUUGUUGAGUUCUAUCCAUGGCACGUGCUGUGGGGGUGGAGGGAGAAGGGGAACCUCCUUUCAAAUAAGUCCCCCCUACCUCCCCAAACAGAUAAACAGCAUUAUCCAAACUUGACUGGACCAGCCAUCUGUUAGCAGAAAGACAAGUAAACCCAAUCCAGCAGAGAUCAGCACACAGUUGUCCCAUAGUACAGAAUGGCCUUGGUUUUUACCCCAUGCAGCAUCCUUUUAUGAACAUUUGGAUAACAUCCAGGUAAGGUGAUUCAUGCUCAGAAGUCUGCCUUCUAUGCAUAGUCUGCCCUUACUGGGUGGGAAUGGGGAUAUAUUAUAAUUUCUCUGAAGCAUACCAUGAGGGACAGAAUGAUCUUUGCAACCAAUAAAAUUAUCAUGUGGGGGAGGGGGAUAAUUCAAGGUUGUGCCAUGCCAGACAGGAAAUGAGGUAAUAUCCUGUGAUGUGUGUGUUACUUUGCCUUGGAAUGCUUUGUUGUUUUUUAAGAAAAGCAUCCUGGACAUAAUUUUGCAUCCAGUUCUUAAUAGUAGGAAUUUAUUCUUUUUUUAAAAUAGAUUGGCAGAUUGGUACCAAAGACAUUACAUCACUUCCUGUGUGCAAUGAAGAAUAUCCAUUUUUAGGAGUUAGAAUUAUGUAAUUGGUUCUUUUUAUUGAGUUGCACAGGGAUCUGACUUAAUUUUUCAAACAUUUUGUGCAAUAAGUUUUUAAAAAAAGAUAUUAUUUAAAAAGAUGACAAUUCCAGGAAGAAAACAAAUCAAAUUGUAAUUUUAGCCAUGGGCAAUUAUGAAUAGAAAUGUAAAUAACAACCGUGCUUAAGAAUACUGUUUGAAUUGUAGAAAUCUCCACAUGCGUUUCACUUGGCUUUUCCUUGGAAAUGGACACAAGUCCAUUGAAGAUCCCCAAUGACCUGGUUCACACAAUCAAAACAAGCCACUGUGGCUUAUAAGCCAUGGUGGCUUGUUUAAAUCAGCAGUGUGUACCCGGGUGGGUAAUUAAGCAAAUGGCAGUAACAUGGAUCACUGAUUUAAAUAAGCCACCGAGGCUUGUUUGAUCAUGUGAACUGGCCCAAUGAUUCUAAUUCAAAGAAUCUGUGACACGUUUUGCAUGACAAGGUAGCCCAUUGUGGCUUAAUUUCGCUGCAGGGGCUCUUAAGUUGUGCUGGGUGCUCAUGGGCGCCUGUGGGAGCCUCUGCUUGCCGUAGUUUGUUGUGUUGUGCAAACCCAGCGCCAUGGGUUGAGAGGAUAUAUAACUCUAAAACAAGCUAUAGGUUAUUUGAUGGUUGUCUACCCUUCUCAAACAACCCAUGAUGCUGGGUUCAAAAAUGGUGGCCAGCAUUCUCCACUAAGUCCCAUGGGGAAAUUUACCCAUGCGGUAGCUUAGCAUUAUCUAUGAACAGCCCCUGUUCCAUAGCUUUCCUCCAGACAUUGUGUAGUUCUGCCAAUUUUUCUGGCCCACUUUGUCCUUUGGUGAGAUAUGGGCAAAUGAUUGAGGUGGCUGCAGGUGUAAUAACAAUUGCAGCUUUAAAAAGGAGGGGAAGGUAACAGCAGCUUCCAGAUGUACCAUGGAAUCUUUCAUGAACAACCUUCUGCUCUUCACCAGUCUGGGUUUUCUCUCUCAGCAGAGCAUUUAUUGAAAGAAGAAGAACCUGCCUGCACCGCUGAGGAGAGAAUAUAGAUAUCCCUCUUUUAUCCCCAAUACCUUUAGAACAGCUUUGAUAUUUAUUGUAGCCAGUGUCACUGCUAACCUGAUACUAUAUCCUAACUCUUUUGGUUGUUGUUUGUGGUGACAAUAUCCUUACUAACCAAAAGGAGUCCUAUCUGCAAAUUCAUGUGCCCUUCAAUGAACCCAUGGCUAAGACUACAUGUUCAUUUUUUUUCUGCCCAUAAAUAAAUAUAUAUACAGUAUUAAAAUAAAUAUUUGUAUGUAUAUUUAUUUGAAUUUAAAGGCUUUUCUAAAGAAGCAUGCAGAUAAGAAUUUAUGGUUUCCCUUUUUCAGUAACUAGUAUAAUAAGCACUGGUAUUUUUGUAUAAAAAGGAAAAAAGACAAAACAAAAGACUGAAUAUUAUGUGGUAUGCAUGACAUUAAAAAUAAUGGUGGUUUCAAAGCAAUAUGUACCCUGGUGUGUUUGCCAUAAUCUAGAGUCCAGCUUAAAGUGCACCUGAUCUGUAAUUGCAUUUUGAUAUUAUUUAAUCUCUAUGUACGAUGUUUUGCAUGUAUUUAUAUGGUUCUUGGGAAGAUUUCUUUUCUUUGGGGGAGGGGUAAGCAGAGGGGGCGGGGUUGGAAUGAUUGACAAUGAGCUUCUUCCGGAAUAUUUGGAACUCCAAGCAUAGCUAAUGCUCUGAUGGGAAACAGGAUGGGGGAAAUCAAGCCAAUUUUUUUAAGGUGCAACAGGAGGGGAAGGGAUGCUGUUUUGAACUAAUAAAGCUUUUUUUGCUGUUGAGCAGAAACAAUGCGCGAGUGCGUUGAGAGAAUAAACUGUGCCCACUUGUAA